AUGUCUUACUAUGACAUUGAUUCCAUUCUAACAGAUGCGCAGAAAUUGCCGUGCACGUUUGAGCUCGAAGUGCCAGGGCUUGGCAUUCUAGAGGGCAAUGCAGGCGAGAACAUCAAAGCCGGCACGCGAAUCGACCUGCCGUUAUGGCUGGGUGAAAUGCUCUCUAUCGGAGCGCGGCUGGGGACAUCUCGUCUGGUUACACUAGAUCUUCCUGCCGCAUUAUCAGAACGCGUCAUGAACGCAUUGAAGGCUGAUCCUCGGACCAUCGACUUGCGCGCGCUGGCGCCCCACUUCUACAGCCUGAGCGAGCGGGUACUGGAACUCUUCGAGGAGGAAGAGAUGGUGGACGUUCUGAGUAACACUUUCAAGAAGCGUGCAGCUGAGAUCGCUGAUCAUGCGCAUAACCCGCGAGGGGCUCUCGGCGAGGGCGUCGAGUUCUUGCGAGGUCUAGACGAGACUGAGCGACAGUUGUUCCGAGUGGCUCAUGAUAGUGCCAAGGAGACCCGGUUCUGGGCCGGGGAAGCGAAGAAGCGAUAG